AUGGCUCUGCAAACUCUCCAAACGCACGACGCGGACGGCGACGAUUGGACCGCAGGCGAAGAGGUUGUCGCCAAGGCGGCGUCCGCCGUUCCAUGGCUGCUGGACCAAGCGGGCCGUGUGGACCGCGACCGGACGAUCCCGGACGACGUCGCGGCGGCACUGAUCGAAACCGGCAUUUUCAGGCUGGCCCAGCCAAGGCGUUUCGGCGGGAUGGGCGCAUCGCCGAGCCUGAUGUGGCGGGCGGUUUUCGAGAUCGCGCGCGGUUGCGCGUCCUGCGCGUGGAUCUCGGGGCUGACCUGCGCCAAUCUGCUGGUCGUCGGGCGCUUCUCCGAAGCGGCGCAACAAGAGGUCUUCGCACCCGACAGUUCACCCGUCGUGCCCUUGUUGACCGGCGGUGUCGGUCACGACAUCAAGAUCGAAACGCGCGAUGACGGCAUCAUGCUCUCGGGCAAGUGGCGCUAUGCCUCCGGCAUCGAUCUCGCCUCCUGGGUCGGCCUUCUCGUGAACCCCGCGCCGACGGACGGUCGCGCCGAGCCCGUUCUGGUUCUCGUGCCGGCGGACGCGUUCACGAUUGACCAUGACAGCUGGCAUGUCAUCGGCAUGCGUGGCACGGGCAGCAAGAACAUCGUCCUGGAAAGCGCGUUCGUGCCGCACCACCGGAUGAUGGACUGGGCGGCUCUUCAGGUUGGCGAGAAGCAUGCCUCCUGUCCCAACGACGAGCCGGCCUAUCGGUUUCCGCUGAACGCGCUCCUCGCCAUGUCGGUGAUCGCGCCGACGCUCGGCGUCGCCUCGGCGGUGGCGGAGGAAUAUGCCGCGAUCGUCAGCCAGCGCGUGCAGUCGAACGGUCAGGGGAAGCAGGUCGCCGACAGGUCCUCCCAUGUCGAUCUCGCCGCCGGCAUCGCGACGAUGGACAUGCUGCGCAACGUCCUGAUCACAGAGGUCGAAGCGAUCGAGCGCAAAGUCGAACGCGGUCAGACGCUAAGCCUGGAGGAUCGCGCACUCCUGCGGAUGAAGAUCGCCAUCGCCGCGCGCAAAGGCCUGUCGGUCGCACAAGAACUGUUUGCCGGUGUGGGAGGCAGCCUGCUGCCGGAAGGAACCCGGAUCGAACGGCAGUUUCGCGACCUCCAUGCGAUGAGCAGCCAUUUCCUGUUGCAGCCCGACCCGAUCGGUGAGGCCUAUGGCCGCUUGCUGCUGGGGCUGGAUCUGCCCGCCGGCGCUCGCCUUUGA